AUGACAUCAGAACAAUCCUCCCUCCCAGCGCACCUUGAUCCAACAACCUACCCACGCACAAGCCAUGACCCAGCGCAAAACAUCCACCUAACACUCACGUACUCUCCGCUCGACGCAAAUAACUACUUAGCACAUACAUCUUCUCCAGAGGCCGGCGCUAAUGUCCUCUUCGUUGGCACAACGCGUGAUACAUUUGAGGGCCGUGCCGUCUCCCAGCUUAGCUAUACAUGUUAUCCGCCACUAGCUAUGAAAACGCUUACGGCGAUCGCCGAAGAUGCGAUUAAAACGCAUGAUCUGAAGGGAGUGAGCAUUGCGCAUAGAAUGGGCGUUGUGCCGAUUGGAGAGGCUUCUAUUACUAUUGCGGUUAGUGCUGGGCAUCGGGGUGCGGCGUGGAGAGCGGGCGAGGAGGUGUUGGAGGCUUGUAAGGAGAAGGCGGAGAUUUGGAAGAGAGAGGAGUUUGUUGAUGGGGGGAAGGAGUGGAGGGCGAAUACUGAUCGGGAUGCGGAGGGGAAAUUGGUUGAGGGUGAUCGGUGA